UUACAGAUAUUAACGAGUGUGUACAGGGAAAUCAUAACUGCUCUCGUCAGCAAUCGUGCAUCAACCUGGAAGGUUCAUUUCGAUGUGCUCAUGACAGUGAGCUCUGUGAGGAGGGGUACACAUUCAGCGAGCAAGGAGAGUGUGUUGACAUAGACGAAUGUCAGGGUACUUUAGCUCGCUGUGGCCCUAACUUAAUGUGCGAGAACACCCUUGGCUCCUUUGUCUGUCACCCAAGGGCACAGUGUGGACCUGGCCUGGUUGUUAAUGCACAAGGCAGCUGUGUUGACACUAACGAAUGCGAGAGCCUCAGCGAACCCUGCGCCAACGGUUUCAACUGCAUCAACACCAUCGGCUCCUACACGUGCCACCGGAACGUCAUCAGCUGCAGCCUAGGGUACCAGCCAAGCGAGGACAACGCCCGGUGCGUGGAUAUCGACGAGUGCCGGGCUGGGGUGCAUCGCUGUGGCGUGGACCAGGUGUGCCGCAACACCCCCGGAAGUUACCGCUGUGACUGCCGGCAGGGCUACCGGGUGGACCCCUACGGCAGGGCUUGCCUAGACAUCGACGAGUGCCGCCGGUAUGUGGGACGCCUCUGCGCCCAGAAAUGCGAGAACUCGCCCGGAUCGUAUCACUGCUCCUGCGCCAUUGGGUACAUGCUUGCCGAGGACGGCCACAACUGCAAAGAUGUUAAUGAGUGUGAAGCCAGCCCAUGCAGCCAGGAAUGUGCCAACGUGUAUGGAUCGUAUCAGUGCUACUGCAGGCAGGGGUACACCCUCAACCGGAUGGACAGAACGAGCUGCGAAGAUGUCGACGAGUGUUCCCUGACUGCUGCAACCCUUUGUUCCUAUCGCUGCGUGAACACACCAGGAUCCUUCACCUGUGUCUGUCCUGAGGGCUACGUCCUUGCUCCCAAUGGGAGGAACUGCCGAGAUCUCGAGGAGUGCUCGCUGGGUACCCACAACUGCACGGCGGCCGAGACCUGCUUCAACAUUCAGGGUGGAUUCAAAUGCCUGACCUUCGAGUGUCCCGCCGGCUACCGCAAAGUGGGACAGGCCCGUUGCGAGCGACUGUCGUGCCAGGAUUACGUUGAGUGCCAGACCGUGCCACAGAGGAUCACCUACUACCAGCUGAGCUUCCCCUCCAACAUCCGGGUGCCGGCCAACAUCUUCCGCAUCAGCCCGUCCCCGGUCUACAUCGGCGACAACAUCCUGCUGGGCAUCACGAGGGGCAACGAGGGCAUGUUCUUCAGCACCCGCCGGCUCAACAACUACACCGGCUUCGUCUACCUGCAGCUGCAGCCGCGGGAGCCCCGGGACUUCCUCCUGGACGUGGAGAUGACCCUGAUCCGGCAGGGCAGGGCCACCAAGUUCAUCGCCAGAAUCUACGUGUUCAUCACGGGACCCUCGCUCUGACCAGCCUCCAGAUUUCCCCACCUCGCCCCCCCACACCCCACCCAGCCCCUCACCCGCUGCGGGUCCGUGCCUCUUGACAUGUGACUUUCCCUGCUCUCUCUGGUCACGAGGGCUCACUCCUCUCCCCCUGGGUGUUGCCAGCAGCUGACCUCUGCCCCCGAGCCGGUGCCAGCCGCCAAGUUGGAAUGGAUACCGGGGAAGCACCUUUUGCGACCUUGGCACGUGCCGAAGUGCCCUCGCUGCGGUGAUGUAGAGAAAAGCUGCAGUCAACCUGUACGCUGCGGAGCUUCGACAGAAACUGCAAUGACAAAAUAACCUGCUUCUCACUAACAGCGUCGGUUGAACGAUUGGGCCGAGGAUGCCUGAACUUUACUCUGUAUCUAAUCCCAUGUUGUACCUGUCCUGGGAGUGUUUGAUGGGGACGGUGUAGA